AUGCCGAAGGUGACUUUCACGCCGAGUCCUGCCGGGCGCGCGACAAGUACUACGCCCGUGUCUGCGCUGAAGGAUCCGAGCCGUAGCCGUUAUCAGACUCCUCAAAGUCGACUCGUGCACCACCGGAGUGUUAGCUUCUCUGACGGCAAGCGUGACGGGCCUAUCGUUGAUGCUGAGGAGAUCGAUGCCAGCGCUGAGCUCACUGGUGAAGAGUUAUCCAACCUGUCCGUGGACUUGGGCAACGGGGAUGUGUUCGUGCCGAGCGCGAGGUCAAAGCGGAUCGAAAACCUGAUGCAGGGUCUUGAAGAGGACGAUACCAGCUUUGAGGAUGAGUCCCCUUCGAAAGACACAGGCCGACCUCCCCUACCCCAACUGCAGCCGUUGAGUGCCCGUCGGCCAAGCACAAGCCCUUCCAAGGUUGCCAGCACGGUAUCCGCCAGAGUCAACGGUGACGUUUCUCGACGAGUGUUCUCUCAGAGUCAUGGUUCGCCGUUGCAGAAGUCCCAAGUCAACGAGUCGAAAGCGAACGCCACAUUUCUGACGGAAUGUUCGUUCGCCGUGAGCCAUGACAAGCUGGUACAGGUCAUCACCGACGUCCAACCGUUCGAACCUUACUGGGAAGAGCUGAGUUGCAUCGAUCUGAGCCGAAGGAAUGUGGACAGCGUUGCCAGGCUGAAGGAAUUCCUCCCAAAACUCGACUCGCUCUCGCUUGGAGUGCCUAAAACCGUGCGGACCCUGACUGUGGCAUCGAAUCAGUUAACCAGUUUGACGUCGUUCAAUCAUCUACUCAAUCUCGAGAACCUGGAUAUCAGCCGCAACAACAUUGACUCGCUGCGACAAUUGGCGUGCCUGCGUCACCUCCGCGAGCUUCGAGCUGACGGGAACCAGAUCACCUCAUUCGACGGCCUGCAACGAUUGGACGGGCUGGUUAAACUCAGCGUUCAGAACAACCGGAUAAGCGAGAUCGAUUUCUCCGAAUACAGAUGGAACCGGCUGGAGAUGUUGAACCUGAGCCAUAACCGGGUGGACCACAUCACGGAACUAUCGACGUUAUCCGCGCUGAUCUCCCUCAACCUUGAUAACAACCUCCUCACUGAGCUCGAAUGCGAGGAACCCAUGCCCCGCUUACGUAUACUCCGUGUGAGCAACAACAAGCUUCAAGUCCUAGGAUGCGCGCCCUUCCACAAUGUGCGCACCCUGUACGCCGAUAAUAACGACCUCCGCAAGCUCGCCAAGGCGCACAAGCUGACCAAAUUGGAGAAUCUGAGCCUUCGGAACCAAGCUGGGAAGGGACUGCGUGUGGACAUGCACGACAUUCGUGACGUGAAGCGGUUGUACCUUUCGGGAAACCGGAUGGACGCCGGUUUCCUCACGGAGCCGUGCUACAACCUGAUCUACCUCGAGCUCGCCGCCUGUCGGCUGACCUCGCUCGUCGGGGACAUGGCGCGUCUCGUACCGAACCUUCGGGUGCUGAACCUCAACUACAACUUCCUCGACGACGAAGGCAUCGCGCCGCUUCGGGGGCUCAGUAGGCUCAAGAAGCUCACGGUGAUCGGCUCUAGACUCAAGGGGACGAAGGCGCUCGUCCGGUGUGUCAGAGGGAUGCCGGAAGUGGAAAUGCUCGACUUUAGGAUGAAUCCGUGCACGUUAGGGUGGUACCUUCCGCUUAUAGAUGGCCCUGCAGGAACGAGAGGAGGAGGAGGGAGGGGCACCACCCAUACCACCGGUGCGGCGGUGGCGGCGUCGGCGGAGGAGGGGAGGGAGAAACUCUGGAACUCGUGGCAGGAGCUGGACGCCAAGUUUAGACGCGAUUUACCGGACGAGUCCUACCUGGGCCGACUGGCCUAUCGGGGGCUCAUCAUGCGGGCGUGCAGCCAGAUCCGGAUGCUGGACGGGGUGCAAGUCACCGGGAAGGAGAAGGACAAGGCCGAGCGGGUGCUCGUCGCCAUCAUGGCCAAGACGCGCAACGGCAAGCCACCGCCGGAGCUCGGAGGAUCAAGCUGA